AUGUCUGGAAACUUUGAGGAGAAGAUCAAAGACUACGCCACGGCUCCAUUCGACGCUCGCUUCCCAAACACCAACCAAACUCGCAACUGCUUCCAAAACUACCUUGACUUCCACAGAUGUAAUAAGGCUCUGUCGGCCAAAGACCAGGACACUGCUCCAUGUGAGUGGUACCAGAAAGUCUACAAGAGUAUCUGCCCCCUGGCCUGGGUCUCAAAAUGGGAUGAACAACAUGACAAUGGAAACUUCGCAGGAAGAAUAUAA